CGUGACCUAGAAAGAGAGCGAGGUCGGGAUUCCCCGCGAGGACGUCACAUGACUGAAGUGAAGAUGGCUGCCUCUGUCUUUGCUGGCCGUUCAAGAACUGGUUCAUCAAGACUGCCCGUACAAAUUGAUGUAGAUGGGAAUGAAGCAGAGAUUGAAACUCGUGAAGAUGAAGAACAAAAUGUCAAACUACAAGAAACUAUCGAGCUACUUUUGGCUGCUGGUUAUUUCCGUGCUCGCAUCAAGGGACUGUCACCAUUUGAUAAGGUAGUAGGUGGUAUGACAUGGUGCAUAACAACAUGCAACUUUGAUGUUGAUGUGGACUUGCUGUUCCAAGAAAACUCCACCAUUGGCCAAAAAAUUGCACUAACAGAGAAGAUUGUGGCAGUGUUGCCCAGAAUGAAAUGCCCUCAUAAUAUAGAACCUCAUCAGAUCCAGGGUCUGGAUUUUAUCCAUAUCUACCCUGUUGUGCAGUGGCUCGUAAAACGUGCAAUAGAGACAAGGGAAGAAAUGGGGGACUUCAUCCGUGCUUUUUCUGUCUCCCAGUUUAGCAAACACUACUCAACUCCAGAGGAUUUAGCAUUUGAGGCAGUCAAGUCAAAGGCAGUUACAACUGUUAAUUCUGUAAAGGAUGUCUACAGGCCCCAACGCCGCUACAAACGCCAUGAUGCAGAUAAGCUUUAUGAUGAAGAAACCAGGGUUCAUUCAACAUUGCUGGAAUAUGGAAGGCGUUAUGGAGUUGGGCGGUCGGAGAAGGAAGAGGAGGAGGAGAAAGCCAGCAAGAAGCGAUCUGUAGCUGCAGGUUUGGCUGGAAAAGAAACAGAGAAAGAGAUUGAUCUACAGGAAGAAGAAGAGCGUCGAAUAAAAGCUUUGAUGAGUAGCAUGUCUGCCACUGGCAUACAGGAGGGAAGAUUGACAGCAUCUGCAGUUGGUUCCAUAGUGGGAAUGCAGUCCCAACAGAUCCAACAGAUUGCUUCAGAGUAUGCAAACAAACAAGUUGAGAUUGAGCAGAUAGAGAAGAGUGAGAGAAUUGGUGGAGCACAGCAACACAAACGUAUAACUGCAGCCUUAAAUAAACAAAUAGAGCAACAGCAUAGCAGACUAAUAGAGAUUCAAACAAAACAUGAUGAGCUGCACAAAGCCUACCUGGAAACACAGGAGAAACUAAAAGAGGUGCAAGAAAGGGGAGCUGUUAUUGAUAAAGAAAUGGAAAAGUUGACUGUAAUAGAAACUGAAGAAAAUCAAAGCAUUUUGACCUCACUUCGUUCUCUUGUGGCAUUGAAUGAGAGCCUGAAAAAACAGGAGCAAGAGUUCAAAGCUCAUUGUAAGGAUGAGAUGGCACGUUUAAAGGAUAAUAUUGAACAUCUGAAACACGAAACAGAUGAGGCAGACAGUGAUGACAAACAAAGAGCUGAACUGGUCAACAGACAGUAUGAGGCUGACAAAGAGAAGCUUCACAAAAUUCGUCUUCUGCUGGCUCGCAAAAACCGUGAAAUAGCAUUACUGCAGCGCAAGAUAGAUGAGGUACCCUCACGAGCCGAAUUGAGCCAGUAUCAGCGUCGUUUUGUGGAGCUCUACAACCAAGUUUCAUCCACCCAUCGAGAGACCAAACAAUUCUAUACAUUGUACAAUACUUUGGAUGAUGCCAAGCGUUACAUCAGCAAGGAGGUCACCUUACUCAAUUCCAUCCAUGAUAAUUUCAAACAAGCCAUGUCAUCCCCAGCCAACAAAGAACAGUUUUUGAAACAGUUUGAACAGAUUGUGGAGGGCAUUAAACAAAACAGAGAAAAGGUGGAGAAAAGGCGUCAAGAAGAAAAGAUGCGUCGAGAUGUGCUUAAUGACCAAUACCUUGAUUUGCUUGAAAAGCAACGUCUAUACUUCAAGACUGUCAAAGAAUUUAAAGAGGAAUGUCGUAAAAAUGAAAUUCUUCUUACAAGACUACGCUCGGGGUAAUAUCUUGUGUGCUAUCAGGACUGUCAAUUCAAAGAUUGGAUUAAUACUAUUUUCACAAGUUGAGUAAUUACCGAAACGUUUGAACAUUUCAUCAAAUUCAGAUUUUGCUUCCAUUUAUUCUACAUCUCCUCAAGGAGGUGGAUAAGGAAUAGGGAAGUUCUUAUCUGUAAACAGCUGUUGAGCUUUAUCUGAAUUGCUAUUCUUGACUGUCCAAUCACAAUGCCAUCCAUGAUGAACAUAUAAUCUUAAAUACAAGUUGCAAAAUUGUCGAUUACUCAUGUUAGGACCUUUGAGGUUUGUCAAGACUGGUUUGGAAAUUAAGGAAUGUAUGAUCUUUCAGUGUGAUAUGCAUAUUAAACAUUACUUGGAAAGAUAAAUGCAAGGAAUUAUUUAGAAAUUUAUACAGCAAAAAUUUAUGUUUAUCAAUGGAAAAUUGUGGUAUGGAAGUACAGUUGCCAAAUGUUGAGACAAACCCAGACUCACAAAUUUCCUCAUGCUUUCAUUUUUUUUACAUGUUCAAGAAAUGUUUUCACAAAUGAAGAUGAAUAGACAAACACUAUUGCCGAGUUUAUUUUCUCAUUUUAAUGAUGCAUGUAACAAAUUUAUGCUUUCCUGAAAGCUAAGCAAUAAACCCUUAAAAUAUGGCA